AUGACUGCGAAUAAGACGCUCAGUAGGAAGUUGAGGCUCGCGAAGAAGACAAAGACGAACAAGAACAUCCCGCGCUGGGUCAUCGCAAAGGAUCAUCUCAAGAAGACGUGGAAUUACAAGAGACACCACUGGAGGAGGUCUCACCUCAAGCUCUGA